CAACAGCCUGGCUCACCCCUAGGGCCUGGGUCGCCGCAAGGGUCUUCAUCCCCGCAACAGCCUGGCUCACCCCUAGGGCCUGGGUCGCCGCAAGGGUCUUCAUCCCCACAACUGCCUGGAUUGCCCCAAGAACCUUCAUCCCCGCAAAUUCAUCCAACCAGAGCGCGGCCGCAACGGCCUGCAUGUCCGCAACGGCCUGGAGCGCUCCUAGGGCCCGGAUCACCCCAAGGGCCCCCAUCCCCACAACAGCCUUCAUCCCCGCAAGGGCCGCAACUACCAACAUUGCCAACGACACAUGGUUGUGGCAUCCCCACAGGAGAGCAGGUGACUUGUGGCCAGUCAGGAAUAUCGUCCUCAGACUGUGAGAUGAUGGGAUGCUGUGUGGAUUCUUCUACAUCUACCUGCUACUACCCAAUGGAUGAGUGCACUGUUGAUCAACACUUUGUGUUCGCCAUUCGUGCCAACUCUGCAUCAAUCCCUGUGGACCCCACCAAGCUUGUUGUUUCUGGGAGUACAAACUGUAAACCAGUCAUUGUCAACGACAAAGUUGCCAUCUUUAAGUUCAAAAAUUCAGAAUGUGGAGUUCAUGCUUAUGAAGUUGGUGAGACGAUGAUCUACCUGGCUGAAGUGCAGACUGUCGUCCAAUCUCUGACCCUCCAGUAUGGCGUAAUUGCAACACGUGAUCCACUCAGGUUCAUGGUUGAGUGUCGCUAUAGCAAAGCAGGCGUUGCUCCGCAGUCACUAACCAGCAUUGGCUACAUGGUGAAGACCCCGAGUUCCACCUUGCCGUCAGCGGUCCUCUCUAAUGGCUUAUAUGCUGUUGACUUGAGAAUUGCUAAAGAUCAGACGUAUUCAAGCUACUUGCCCACAAAUAAUCAGCCCUUGCGACUGCUCCUUGGCAGUCCAGUCUAUCUUGAACUGCGCCUGAUAUCACCAAAACCAGAUGCGGUAAUCCUUGUCAACUACUGUGUAGCUUACCCUCGCUCUGCAAGGAAUGCACUGGUGCUUAUUUAUGAAGGGUGUCCCAACCUUUAUGCUCCAAAUGUGUCCCUCCUUAAAAUCAUUGACUGCAAAAAUCGUCAUCAGAGGCGGUUUGUGGUUGAAGCCUUCCAGUUUAUGGUUCAAAAGACAAACAAAUACCUUGAUGAAGAAAUCUAUUUCAUGUGCUCUACAGAAGUGUGUUUACCAGCAGAUAGGCCAUGUGAACAACGGUGCUUUGAUGGAAAGGCACCAUAAGGAUGCUGCAGAAGACUUAAGGAGGGGGGGGGGGGGAAUAAAUCGCAUUUUAUAACACGGUAAA